UUAGGAUUAACUCCAAAAUUUAGCCGCCGUGCUGUUGCAAGAUUAACCCUAAUUAAUAAUUUGAUCAAAUCUACAGCAUCAACGCGUACAAGUUUUUUGUCUCCAAUAUGAUCUGAUCCACAAUCCAACCAUAUAAUCAUAUAAUAUAUGCCAAAUUAAGAAAGCACAUAUACGAUCAUAUUAUACAUGGGCAAUAAUAUUUGUAACUCUCACCAGUCGACAUCCGUAGCCACCGUGAAGCUGAUUCUCGAAGAUGGACAACUCAGGGAAUUCUCACAGCCCGUUAAGGUCUCUCAGGUUCUUCACAAUAAUUCCACAAGCUUCGUAUGCGACUCCGACGACAUGGAUUUCGGGGAGUUUAUUUCCGCCGUUGAUGAUGAUGAAGAGCUUCAGCUAGGUCAGCUUUAUUUUGUGCUUCCGUUGGCCUGUUUGAACCGUCCGGUUCUGGCGGAGGAGUUGGCGGCUUUGGCCUUAAAGGCAAGCGAGGCGCUUAGAAAGUUGAAAGGCGGCAGGGGGCCGGCGAGGUGCUGUGGAGAUAAAGGGGUGGAGACCUUGGAGUUUGCCAUCAAGAAGGAUGUCCGAAUGGCGGAAACCGUUGGCGGCUACGGUGGUGAUCGGACGAGAGAGUUUGAGAGAGGGCGAAGAGGGAGAGGGAGAGGAAGAGGAGGUGGUAGGGUUGAACGACAGCGUUUUGUUGCGGAGUUGAGUCUGAUUGUGGAGGAGUAA